CGCUGACUGUCAGCCAGCAUUAAACACACGAAGAAGAAGCUGGACCAAAAUAGCCGUUGAGGCUCAGCUGCUGACUUCAACCAGAAAUGGCUGCUACCGGAGUUCUUCCCUUCAUCAGGGGGGUGGACCUCAGUGGAAACGACUUCAAAGGUGGGUACUUCCCGGAGCAUGUCAAGUCUAUGAGCAGUCUGCGAUGGCUGAAGCUGAACAGGACUGGACUGUGUUACCUCCCAGAGGAGCUGGCCUCUCUGCAGAAACUGGAGCAUCUUUCAGUGAGUCACAACAGCCUGACCACCUUACAUGGAGAGCUGUCCAGCCUGCCGAACCUACGGGCGGUGGUAGCUCGAGCCAACAACCUGAAAAACUCUGGAGUCCCAGAUGACAUCUUCCAGCUGGAUGACCUCUCUGUGCUGGACCUGAGCUACAACCAGCUCACCGAGAUCCCCCGAGACCUGGAGAACAGCAAAAACAUGCUGGUUCUGAAUCUGAGCCACAACAGCAUCGACGCCAUCCCCAACCAGCUGUUCAUCAACCUGACGGACCUGCUGUACCUGGACCUGAGCGACAACAAGCUGGACAGCCUGCCGCCGCAGAUGAGACGCCUGGUUCACCUGCAGACGCUCAUCCUGAACAACAACCCUUUGAUGCACGCUCAGCUACGACAGCUGCCUGCCAUGGUGGCCCUGCAGACUCUCCACCUGAGGAACACACAGAGGACCCAGAGCAACAUGCCCACCAGCCUGGAGGGUCUCACACAAUUAGCAGACGUUGACCUGUCAUGUAACGACCUGACUCGGGUGCCGGAGUGCCUCUACUCGCUGGGCAGCUUGAAGAGACUCAACCUGAGCAGCAAUCAGAUCUCAGAACUGUCCCUCUGCAUCGACCAGUGGACUCAGCUGGAGACUCUGAACCUGAGUCGUAACCAGCUCACCUCUCUGCCUUCUGCCAUCUGUAAGCUGUCCAAACUCAAGAAGCUGUAUGUGAACUCAAACAAACUAGACUUUGACGGCGUUCCACCCGGCGUGGGCAAACUGUCCAGCCUCUCAGAGUUCAUGGCCGCCAACAACAACCUUGAGCUGAUUCCUGAGGGACUCUGCAGGUGUGGAAAGCUGAAAAAGUUGGUGCUGAAUAAAAACCGCCUGGUUACGCUGCCCGAGGCCGUCCACUUCUUAACUGAUUUAGAGAUUCUGGACGUGCGUGAGAACCCGAACCUCGUCAUGCCUCCUAAACCCGUGGACAGAGCAGCCGAGUGGUACAACAUCGACUUCUCUCUGCAGAACCAGCUCCGGCUGGCCGGGGCCUCGCCGGCCACCGUGGCUGCUGCUGGAGGAGGAGCCAGUCCCAGAGAUCCCCUGGCGAGGAAGAUGAGGCUGAGGAGGAGGAAGGACUGUUCUCAGGACGAUCAGGCGAAGCAGGUGCUGAAGGGCAUGAGCGACGUAGCUCAGGAGAAGAAGAACAUGGAGCAGGAAAACGGAGACUUGAAAUACGGAGAUUUGAAGAUCCGGCGCUGGGACAAGAGUCUAGAGAAGCCUCACUUGGACUACUCUGAGUUCUUCAUGGAGGAUGCAGGACAGGUCCCAGGUGUGUCAGUUUGGCAGAUAGAGAACUUUAUUCCCCUCCAGGUGGACGAAACCUUCCAUGGAAAGUUCUAUGAGGCUGAUUGUUACAUCAUCCUCAAGACCUUCCUGGAUGAUAACGGUGCACUGAACUGGGAGAUCUAUUACUGGAUCGGACAGGAGUCCACUCUGGACAAGAAGGCCGGCGCAGCCAUCCACGCUGUGAACCUCAGGAACUUCCUGGGAGCCGAGUGCAGGACGAUACGGGAGGAGAUGGGAGACGAGAGCGAGGAGUUCAGCGCUGUGUUUAACAAUGAGAUCUCCUACAUCGAGGGAGGAACAGCCAGCGGGUUCUACACUGUGGAGGACACACACUACUCUGUCAGGUUGUACAGAGUUUACGGGAAGAAGAACAUCAGACUGGAGUCCGUUCCUGUGAAGGGUUCCUCCCUAGACCCUCGUUUCGUCUUCCUGUUGGACACCGGCCUGGAAAUCUUUGUCUGGAGAGGAGCCAACGCGACCCUGAGCGGCACCACGAAGGCCAGGUUAUUUGCAGAAAAGAUCAAUAAAAACGAGCGUAAGGGGAAGGCAGAGAUCACGACGCUCAUGCAGAAACAGGAGCCUCCAGAGUUCUGGGAAACUGUAGGAGGACAACCGGAGGACAUCAAGAAACACGUCCCGGACGACUUCUCUCCCAUCAGACCUAAACUGUACAAGGUGGGCUUGGGUCUGGGCUACCUGGAGCUGCCACAGAUCAACUACAAGCUGUCAGUGGAGCACAAAGACCGUAAGAUCAAACUGGACACCCUGCCGGAGCUGAGGCUGGUGCAGUCUCUCCUGGACACAAAGUGCGUGUACAUCCUGGACUGCUGGUCCGACGUCUUCAUCUGGAUAGGGAGGAAGUCGCCUCGCUUGGUCCGAGCAGCCGCCUUAAAACUGGGGCAGGAGAUCUGCUCCAUGCUGCACAGACCCAAACACGCGUGUGUCACCCGCAACCUGGAGGGCACCGAAUGUCAGGUGUUUAAGUCCAAGUUUAAGAACUGGGACGACGUGUUGAAGGUGGACUACACCCGAGCAGCUGAGACCGUUCAGCAGAAAGACAACCUGCAGGGCAAGGUGAAGAAAGACGCAGAGCAGAAAGACCAGAUGAAGGCAGACCUCACGGCUCUCUUCCUGCCCAGACAGCCUGCCAUGGCUCUCACCGAGGUGACAUCCCUUUAUUCUCUUAGAAUACAUUUUAAGAUGAUUGUAUUGGUUUCUAUCCUUCACAUGUUUAUCUCUUCCUCUGUCCAGGCGGAGCAGCUGAUGGAGGAGUGGAACGAGGACCUGGACGGCAUGGAGGGUUUCGUGUUGGAGGGAAAGAAGUUUGCUCGCCUGCCUGAGGAGGAGUUCGGACACUUCCACACUCAGGACUGUUACGUCUUCCUUUGCAGAUACUGGGUCCCCGUGGAGUACGAGGACGACGAGAAGGAGAAGAAGGAGGGCGAAGGAGGGGAAGGGGGUGGACAUCGAAGGGCAGCAGAGGAGGAUGAGGACAAGCAGCCCGAGGAGGACUUCCAGUGUGUGGUGUACUUCUGGCAGGGCAGGCAGGCCUCCAACAUGGGCUGGCUCACCUUCACCUUCUCCCUGCAGAAGAAGUUUGAGAGUCUUUUCCCAGGAAAACUGAAGGUCGUUCGUAUGACUCAGCAGCAGGAGAACCUGAAGUUCCUGUCCCAUUUCAAGAGGAAGUUCAUCAUCCACAAAGGCAAGAGGAAACAGAAGACCGACUCUGCUCAGCCCUCGCUCUACCACAUACGCACAAACGGGAGCGCGCUCUGCACCAGGACGAUCCAGAUCGGAACAGACUCCAGUAACCUCAACUCAGAGUUCUGCUUCAUUCUCAAGGUACCGUUUGAGAGCACAGAUAAUCAGGGCAUCGUUUACACCUGGGUGGGCAGAGCCGCCGACCCCGACGAGGCCAAACUGGCGGAGGACAUCAUGAACUGCAUGUUCGACGACACGUACAGCAAACAGGUUAUCAACGAGGGGGAGGAGCCUGAGAACUUCUUCUGGGUGGGGAUUGGUUCUCAGAAGGAGUACGAUGAGGAUGCAGAUUAUAUGAAACACGCUCGACUCUUCAGGUGUUCCAAUGAGAAAGGAUAUUUCUCUGUGUCAGAGAAGUGCUCGGACUUCUGUCAGGACGACCUGGCGGACGAUGACAUCAUGUUGCUGGACAACGGCAAUGAGGUGUACAUGUGGGUCGGUACUCAGACGAGCCAGGUGGAGAUCAAACUCAGUCUCAAAGCCUGUCAGGUUUACAUCCAGCACAUGCGCUCCAAGCACCCUGAACACCCCCGGAAGCUCCGUCUGGUGCGGAAGGGAAACGAGCCUCACUGCUUCACGCGCUGCUUCCACGCCUGGGGGGCGUUCAAGACUCCGCCCGCAUAGACGAACGCUGACCCCCCCCCCCCCCCCGAACAGAACCGCUCACACGUACAUCAGAUGUAUUCGCUGCCAUGUCAUUUUUCUACCUGUAAGAUUAAGAUGAUGUCUAUCCCCCAUCCUGUCCCUGAUCUCUGAAUCCCCCCCCCCCCCUCCUGCAGCAGCCUCUCGCCCCCCGAACGACAGAUCUCAAGUCAGCGAUGGCGUUGGGGUCGGGACGCUGUCGCCUGUGUUUUUUACUACGAGCUUUUUUAGCAGCAAGUCUGUUUUAAUGAGAGAAUGAUGUUUAGAUGGUGGAAGGUGUGGAAGGUGUGGAAGGUGUGGAAGGUGUGGAAGGUGUGGAAGGUGUACAGAGGCUUUAUAAAAGAGAACAGCUGCUUUCUUCACGUGGCUUUGGCUGCAUGGUCCACAGCUUCAGACGAGGACGCCCUCCUCUGUGCUGGGUCCCAGCUGCUCAAAGCAGUUUAACACAGUUUAAUUUUCAAGGUUUCUUUUCCAUGUUUAAGGGAGUGAACAGGACACAGCACUAGAACUGUUCUUCUGAGGAAUGUUGGGUUUUCAUUUAUGUUUCUGUCUGUUUGUGUGUCUGUCCCACACGCCUUCUGAUACAGGGACUGUCUCCCUCCUACAGUCUGUCUCUCUCACCUCCUCUGACUUCACUCCUCUGACGUCUGUUUGGAUCCAAAACAACACAAACAAACACGUAGAGACGCUUCAGGUUGGUAUUCAGGAGCAAAUCAGGAAGCUGAAUCUAUUUGGCCAAAGACAUCUGGACAGACAUCAGGGAGGAAGUUACAGACGGUGAGACGAAGCCUUGUUUUUAUGUUUAAAUUUAAGGGCAGAUAUAUUUAUACGUGCAAUCAGUAGAUCCUGAGACCAGAUGGAACGACUCCCCGGUGUUACAGGCUGCGUUUAACUCAUCAGAGUGUUAGUGUGCUGCAGCAGAGAGGACGAGCUGAGCUGAGGAGUUUGAUCCUGAAAUCAUGUCAGAUUAUUUUUGAAACAGAAAGGCGUGGUGUUUAAAACUCCACAGCUCUUGGGAGAUCUUUUGCACCGUUUGAGAGACAUAUCUUAUUAAAUCUAUAUCGACCUCUGCUUCUACUGAUCAUUCAUUUAUCAGUGUGUUGAUGAGUUCAGGCUGCUUCUCGUGGUCAUGUGACCUGGUUCAGUCCAAGCCAGAUCUGCUCCUCUUCAAACGGCUGCACCUUCUCUGGUUGGACUCUCUCGUGGGGUGAUGGUAUGCCUGGUAGUGUGUUUGAGUCCUACAUGCAUAUAUGUGUUGUAUGUGUGUAUAUGAAUAUGUGCACAUGCUCCUGAUGCCGCCUGCAGAUGCUUUAUUUAUGUAUUUUAUAUUAAAAUAAAAUGUCACAUUACA